AUGCUUUCCUUCAUGGUUCUCUUCAAGAAAAGGUUUAUAUCAGGCAACCAUAAGACGUUGUUGAUGACCAGUUUCCUUCUCAUGUAUGUCAGUUGCAUAAAGCCCUAUAUGGCCUCAAAUAGGCCCCAAGAGCAUGGCUCAGAUUUGGUUUAUGUGGAUGAUAUUUUAAUUACUGGUUCAAGUUCUGAGUUAGUUGCUGCUAUAGGUGCUCAGCAUAGUUCUUCCUUUGCUCUUAAGGAUUUGGGACUGCCUUGUGAGUCACCUUCUUCUCUCAAACCUGUUACUCUAGAAAACCUCACUCCUCUUGCCAAUCCAGAGCACUAUAGAUCUCUUGUUGGCUCUUUACAUUAUCUUACUCUCACGCGCCGAGAAAUCUCUUUUGCUGUCAAUACCAUCUGUCAACAUAUGCAUGCACCAUUAGAGUGUCAUCUCACUGUUGUGAAACGAAUUUUACGCUACAUCAAGGAUUUAGGUGUUCAACUGACUGCUCCUCCUAUUCUUUGGUGUGAUAACAAUUCUGCCUUUUCCUUAGCCACAAAUCUAGUCUUCCAUGCUCGCACAAAACAUGUUGAGGUUGAUUUUCAUUUUGUCCAAGAAAAGAUAGCUCUAAAGCAGUUCAGCAUUCGACAUGUUCCUUCUAUGUUCCAAAUUGCAAACAUUCUUACUAAACCUCUCACUGUGGCUAGAUUUCUUCUAUUACGUGACAAACUGAAGCUAUCUCAAGUACCAGCAUCAGUUUGUGGGGGGCUGUUAACUGAUAAAGAAAAUGAAGACCGUGAUCACAGCUAG